UAACCUCACAUCUGAGUCCAUUACUAUCCUAUUGAAGUAAUGUUUACAUUUGGUUUACUGUUAAAUAUCUUAAUAAAUAUGAUAUAAUUUUGCUUGUUAGUCUUGGCUGAUCAUAAUGACGAUUUAUUGUUGUGUAACAAGGUGUAGGGUUACUUCGGAUAGUGGAGCCCAACUGUUUCAAAUACCCAAGUCUGAAGAGCGACCCCUUACUAGAGAACGUUGGCUAAAAAAAUUGAAUAUGGUAGAACCUGUGCCAGAAUUGUUAUUUCUUUGUGAGAAACAUUAUACAAUUAUGCAUGAUGAAAGUCAAGAGGAACCAGAUUUUAAAAGUGGUUUUCCUUGGGAUCCUGUAACCGUAAAAAUUGAUAAAGAAGAAAAUAAUCUUCAAAUGAAAAGUGAUGAAGGUAAUCUGGAACUGAAUUUAAAAACGUUUGUAAUAUAUCCGAAUAAAGACAAAUCUGAAGAAAAUAAUGAUGUAUAUGAAAUUCUUGCAAACUUACAGUCUACAGAAACAUCAAGUCAUAGUAGCAUUGCAACAGAAGAUUUAGGACAGUCACCAAUUGAAGCCCCUGUUACUCACUGUGAUAUAGUCUUUACAAAUCCUUUUUUGGAAUCAAAUACCACGAUCGAACUGGAAUCUUCUGAGAAUGAAGAUGUAGAAACCAAUAAAAUCCAAUGCGUUAAAGUUGUUCCGAUAAAAAAUUUGCAGGAAAAAAAGAACAACAAAACUGCAUUGUCAAAAGUAAAACGUAAGAAAAAAAGGAAACAACCAAAUGCAAACCAUAAGAACAUAAUUAAAGGCAUAAUGAAUAAUUUAAAGAAAACUAUAAAAAGGCCUUCACUACCAAAAAAACCGGCUAACGCUCUACCCAUUGUAACAAUUACUGUUGACUCCUCUGAGGAUGAGAUUCAUGAAAUAAAACAAUUAAAAAACUCUACAACAGAUGGUAAAAAAGUCUCUUUUGUAACUGUAAUGAUAAUUUGUUUUAUUUUAGGAGAAUGUAACUCCCCACCGGAUGUUGCACAGGGAAGUGAACAAAACAAAAGUUCUGAGGUGUUAAUGCUGGAAGAAAAAUUACGAAAGGCAAGAAAAAGAGUCUCUGAAGUAAACCAGGAACUUCACAUGAUGGAACGAAACUUAAGGUACAUCUUUGAAUCUGAUCAAAUUCGCCGAUUGAAGGAGGAAUACAAGAAAAGUUUUAAAUGGAAAGCUAGAACAUUAAAGAAAGCGUUGCAAUUGUACUUUAUCUGUGGCGAGUCAGGGUAUAAGUUGUUAUUAAACCAAAAUUAUCCCCUGCCUAGUAUCAGUGUGUUGAGAAGGGUAAUUUUUGAUUACAAAGUCGGUUCUGGAGUAGUUGGGACAAGCCCACAAGUACCAAGUGUAAAGUGUGUGAAGGAUGUUGUUGACGAGUUAAUUACUAAUCAAAUGCAGAAGUGAAUUCACUUUUGGUUUGAUGUUUUACUUCUUUUAGAAGAAAUAUAAGAUAGAUUACUGUUUAAGUACGCCAUUGCUUUUUUUUAUGUAAUUAUAACUACACUUAGCACAUUAUAAUUCUCACGAAAAAGUGAAAUAUGUAUUUUAGAACUUAUUAGAAUCGCAAAAUAUGAUUUGAAAUGAUUUGCUUUGCUGUACUACAUAUGUAUCGUUUUUCCUGUAAAUGUUGAUUGAAUAAAACAAAUUUUGUAUUAAACUGAAGAAUUAUUUUAAUAAUAAACAAAAUUAAAAACUGACAGGACAUAAAAAUAGAAAACAUAUCAUCAACAACUCUAAAUGCAAAGAUAAAUUAUUAUUAUUAUUAUUAUGGAGACGGUCAAUUCGUUAUAUCAAAAAAAAAAGAAAAAAA